AUGACUCCUCAUGAAGGCCACCAAAUAUCCCAUCAUGAACACCACCACAAAUCUCAUCAUGGAGGCCACCAAAUAUCCAAUCAUGGUGACCAUCACAAAUUCCACCAUGAAGACAAACAAAAAGCUCCCAGCAAAGAGAUCAGUUCCCCCAAACAAUCCUCUUUUAAUCAUGGAAAGAAAGUUGAAUUCUCCCAUGGUCAUGAAAGUAAGUUCAACAGCUCUACAGGCCAUGGUAGCUGGAAGAGCGAUGGUCUGUUGGGUGCCAAUGAAAAACAAAUAAUGCAGCUAUUGAAUGAGCGACUAUCAUCUUACCUGGGUAAAGUUCGCACACUAGAGCAAGAAAAUGCUAAAUUUGAAAGGAAUAUUUCUGAUUGGUAUAAAAACAAUCCCCCCAAGACACCUCCUGAUGGCACUCAUUACUUCAGAAUCAUUGAGGAUCUUCAGAGCCAGAUGUCUGCAUUGGCAAUGGACAAUUCCAAUAUAGUCUUAUCAAUGAACAAUGCAAAGCUGGCUGCUGAUGACUAUAGGAGCAAGCACGAGAUAGAGCUCCAGCUAAGUAACGGUACAGCAAUGGAUAUGCAUAAUUUGAGCAUGGUCUUACAAACGUUGAAUGGCGAGACAGGGGAACUGGAAACACAGGUCCAGAGUCUUGAAGAAGAAAAACAGGAGCUUAAGAUGAACAGUGAGGAGGAAAUAAACUACCUGCUCACUCAGCUGGGUGCCAGAGUCAAUGUGGAACUCAAUGCCGCCCCAUCCAUUGACCUGAAUGUUGCCUUGUCUGAAAUACGAGAUGAAUAUGAAAACCUCAUGGAGAAGAACUUGAAAGAGGCUGAGGAAAUGUUCCUGGAAAGGAGUGCCGAGCUGAGCCGCGAGGUGGCCUCGGGAUCUGACCAGCUGCAGUCCAUUGAAACCGAGCUGAUUGAGAUGAAGCGUUGUAUGCAGGCUCUGGAGAUUGAGCUAGACAGUGAGAUAACACUGAAUUCCGCUCUGAUGGGUACCUUGGAGGAAGUAGAAACCACUUUUGGUUCUAAACUCAAAGGACUACAGAGUGUGAUCAACAACGCAGAGUCGGAGCUGGCACAGAUCCGAUCUGAUCUGGAGCGACAGAUCCAUGAGUACAAGAAGCUCAUGGACCAGAAGACCCACCUGGAGUUGGAAAUCGCCACCUACAAACGCCUGUUGGAUGGGCAUGACAUUCAUGUUACUGGACAUCAUUCCACUGGAGAACAACAUGGGUCUCACCAAACUGCAGGGUAUUAUGCGGAAGGAUACGCUCACUACACCAAACGUUAGAGCGGCGUUAUUCUUCUGGGGCAACAUCA